AUGAAAGGUAAGUAAAUAUACAUCAAUAUACACAACAUUUUUCCAUACGAAAUUAGUGCUGAUAACAGUAUACGUCAAUUUUGUCCAUGAAAAAUCGUUUAUAUUACUUCUGUUAAUCUUUCAGAGCGAACAGUUGGUGCAAAUUUGUGUGCGCGAUCGUACAUUUAUUGAAAUAAAAUAAGAAAAAAUUUAUAUAUAUAGACCAAAUAAAACAUAAAAUACAUAAAAUAAAUUUACUAUUUGCGAGCAAUUGAACAACUGAUUGAAGAAAAACGAUAAAAGGAAGGUCGACCAUUAGGGCAAAGUGGCUGUCCAGGAGAAACUUCGACAAGACAACAGACGAGACGAAAGUGUAAAAGAAGGUUUCUAUACUUUUGAUCUAAGGCCAAUCAUUUGCAAAAUGAAGAUACCAAUCCUCAUUUUUUGUCUGGCUGUGAUAUUUGGAAAUAUCUCUUGCAAAAUAUACAGUAAAGAAAAUAUCAAUUUAAUAGAAGGAACAGGUGAUAAGUAUCAUGAUAGUUAUUUCAAUAUACCUUUGGAAAAAUCUCUCUCGAGAUACAAAAGAGCCAGUAUAUUACCGAUCACAAGCCCGAUCACAAACAUAGUAGACUUGAUGGGAUUUGGUUCAAAUGGUUUAGUUAAAACUAUAUUACAUUUCGUCAAUUUCAUAAUUGGCAUAUUGACUGAGCAAGAAGGCGUGUGUCCUACAGAAGAAUUAUCCAUCGACUUGAUCGAAAAGAUGAUACAAAAUCCGAUCCAAACGACCGAAACUAUACUUUGCCAAAUCUUCAAUGUUAUUGGAAAAGAAAGCCGUGCAGUAGCACUCAGAUUAUUGAAAACUGCCUGGGAAUUUUUAAGCACGAUAUUUUUACCAGGACUACAUACAACAUUGAAUCAAAUAGCGAAAAUUGGUAUUUUACCUCCACAGCUCAGGGUCUUGAUCGAAACUUUUAAUUUUUUUUACAAUAUGUUAAAAUUAUUAGGAUACGUUAAAUAAAAAAAAUAUGUUAAGCAAAAUAAGAUUUCAAAGCAAGUUGAAAAAUGCAAAAAGAUUAAGAAUAUACCAUUUAUAAAAAUAUAUUUAAAGACCUGCUUUAAUUACCACUUGCAUUAAUAAAAAAUUUUCCAUUUCAAAAUAGAAGAUCAGUGUUGGGUUUUUUUGUUGUAAUAUAAUUUUAAGAGAAAUAUGCGAUAUUGAAAAGUAAAUUGAAAUUAAAAUAGACAUCAAAAAUUAUUAUUAAAAUUAAAAUAGGUAAAAUGUAUGAAUUAUCUAAAUAAUGUGAAUAAUUUAAACAUUAUUCAUCUUUUUUCAUUAGCAAUCUUUCCCUUCCCCGGCCAUUUUGUCAGAUUAUAUAAGAACGUGAAAAUAUUAUACUAUAAUAUAGAUUCUUAAAAAUCCUACUAAUAUAUAAAAUAUCUUAAUUUUCCAAUAUAACAUGGAAUGAUAACUUAAAAAUAUUCUAAUAAAUCAUGAUGCAUGCUGUAUGAUAAAGAUAAAAUAAUUAGACUAAUU